GUGUGUCCAAUCACAACCCGCAACCAGAAGGCACGUCUACGGUCUCUCAAAUUUGCAUGGGCGCUGAAUAAAUGGUUCCUUACAUACCCAUAUCACCAUUCAUUGUGUUAUUUUAACAGAGUGAUCAUGCCUGAGCCAGCAAAGCCCGCACCUAAGAAGGGGUCCAAGAAGGCCGUUACCAAAGCCGCGGGAAAGGGCGGUAAGAAGCGCAAGAGGUCCAGGAAGGAGAGCUAUGCUAUCUACGUCUACAAGGUCCUGAAGCAGGUUCAUCCUGACACCGGGAUUUCCUCUAAGGCCAUGGGGAUCAUGAACUCUUUCGUCAAUGAUAUUUUCGAGCGUAUCGCCGGUGAGUCCUCUCGUCUCGCUCACUACAACAAGCGCUCCACCAUCACAUCGAGAGAGAUCCAGACCGCCGUGCGUCUGCUGCUGCCCGGUGAACUCGCCAAACACGCCGUGUCUGAGGGAACAAAGGCCGUCACCAAGUACACCAGCUCCAAAUAA